AAUAGUAAUUCUAAAAUUUUACCCUAUUUAAAAAUAUUAAAUUUAAUACCUAUAAUUUUAAAACAAAAAUAUUUUGUUUAUUAAACGAUUUAUAACAAUUCUUUUUUUGUAUUUAAAAAUAUUCACAACGAUUAUAAUAAUAGUAAGAAAAUAUUUUCAAAGACCACAUAAAAAUGACUGCUUUAUUUAUAGUGUAGACACUUUAUUAAAGGAAAUUACAGGUGUUUUCUGCAUGCAAUAUUGCAAUUGGAGUACUCAACACAUUCAUAGAACCCACGGGAGCGGUGAAUACCUGGAUACCUGUGAAGCUUUCUCAAUCGGCCGUGUGGUGCGCAAAGAAAGUUUAAAGAAACACAUAGAGAAUAUUUGCAAUGAUUUUUCCUUUAGUUUUUUAAUGAAUUCCAAAGUUACUGUGAUUUCUAGUGGACUAGAAUGUGGCAAGGUGUAUCGUGAUAAUUAUACCGCGAGAUAAAAUUUUCCAUGAAAAUUUUUUCAUAUUAAAUAGUGAAGCCGCAAAUUACGACUCAAAAUAGGCGUUGCUGUCAUUUGGCUUCCCCCGGGUUCCCCUUUCGUUUUUCCUAAAAUUUCACACAAUUAAACUUAUGUGCAAUGUCACCUGUCCUGAGGCUACUUUCGAAUAUUGACAUAAAUCAUCAAAUUCUCAGCAUAUGACGCUCCCAAAAAUCUCGAGAAAAGGAAUACAAAAAGUGAAUGUGUUUCAUUUCUCAUAAUAAUAAGGAGUGACACAAUCAGCAUUACUGACAAGGAUUGAAGAGAUAUUUUUCGAAGGGCUUAUACUUUUUUUUUUUUUUUUGAAAUGUUUGCCAAAAAGAAAAAGAAGCCACAAAUAUCGACACCAACAAAUUUUGAGCAUAGAGUUCAUACUGGUUUUGAUAAACGCGAAGGCAAAUUUGUUGGUUUACCUUUGCAAUGGGCGUCAAUUGUUGGCAACAAUCAAAUACUCAAGUCUACAAAUCGUCCACUACCACUUGUUGAUCCAAGUGAAAUUACACCAACGGAAAUUCUCGAUUUAAAAACAAUUGUACGAGGACACAAUGAUCCGAGAAUUGGAAAAUUUGCACCUGGUGAUAAAGGCACUGAAAAUGGAUUGCCAAAAACUAGCACAGUCGCUAGAUCAAAUUCACUUCGAUCGUCUAGUCCACCUAGACUUAGGCGAGACUACAGAAAUAAUUCAAAUCUUCCACCUUCCGUACCGGAAGGACAAGAGAUGUCAAUGAGUCCCGCUCAACUUCAGGCGUAUUCGAAUUUUGCAAAAUCACAUGGCUAUCCAGAGAAAAUGCGGCAAAAUUCACCGCACGUUGGACCAACAAUGAAUUCCAAUCAUCACAGCCUCAUUCCAAAUCUACAGAAUCUCAAUCCUAAUAUGCAAUCGUCACCAAAUUUAACGCACAUGGGAUCGAAUGCGCCUAAUUUGUCAUUAAAUUUCCAAAAUUUAAGUCCAAUCCCAAGUAUUCCAAGUCCAACAACAAUAAAUUCGAAUAUAUCACAAAUUCCCGAACACGAUCUACAAAGAAUGAAUCAACCCAUGACAGCGCCAUCCGGACAAUAUAAUGGCAAUUUCCAGGUGAAUAAAAUGGAUCCAACAAUGAGAGAUCGACAAUCAGCUCAUAAUAUGUUAAUUCAUAAUAUGCAUCCAAAAGUAUCGCCAGUUGGAUCAAUAGCAUCGCAAAGACCAUUGAGUCAAUUGAGUUCACACAAUGUUAAUAAACAUUCGCAAAAUUAUAAUGUCACUGAAAAUCCAUCGACACUUCAUUCACAUUUUCAUAAACCAAUUGAAAGUUCACAGUCAAUGCACAAUCUUUCAAAAUCCGCCACCUCAUCAACAAUUGCAAGUGGUAGCUCUUUACCAGAUCAAAAUCAAAAUAUGAAAAGUGCCGUAUCAUCGGGAAAUUUGGCAAUUGUCUCAUCAACAUCGGGCACAUCGAACAAUGUCAAUAAACAAAAUGCCGAUCAAAGGCUUACGCAUGAACAAUUUAGAGCCGCAUUACAAAUGGUUGUAAGUCGUGGUGAUCCACGUGAGAAUUUGGAGAAUUUUUUGAAAAUUGGCGAAGGCAGUACGGGCACUGUUUGUAUAGCGACCGAUAAGGCAUUACAUCGUCAGGUGGCGGUAAAAAAAAUGGAUCUCAGAAAACAACAGAGACGCGAAUUACUUUUCAAUGAAGUUGUUAUUAUGAGAGAUUAUCAUCAUCCAAAUAUUGUUGAGAUGUAUGAUAGUUUUCUUGUUGACGAUGAAUUAUGGGUUGUCAUGGAAUAUCUUGAAGGUGGAGCAUUAACCGAUAUUGUGACACAUUCACGUAUGGAUGAAAGUCAAAUAGCAACUGUUUGUUCACAGUGCCUUAAACCACUUGAAUAUUUACAUUCACAAGGUGUUAUUCAUCGUGACAUUAAAUCUGAUUCAAUAUUAUUAACUGCCGAUGGUCGUGUUAAAUUAUCGGACUUUGGAUUUUGCGCGCAAGUCUCGCAAGAAUUACCAAAACGAAAAUCAUUAGUGGGCACACCAUAUUGGAUGAGUCCCGAAGUUAUUUCCAGGUUACCUUAUGGACCAGAGGUGGAUAUUUGGUCCCUGGGAAUUAUGAUAAUUGAAAUGGUUGAUGGAGAACCGCCAUUUUUCAAUGAACCACCUCUUCAGGCAAUGCGUCGCAUCCGAGAUAUGCCACCGCCAAAACUAAAGAAUUCCCAUAAGGUGAGUCCACGUCUGCAGGGCUUCCUAGAGAGAAUGUUAGUUCGAGAUCCUGCUCAACGAGCCACAGCAACUGAAUUAUUGAAGCAUCCAUUCUUGAGACAAGCUCAGAAUCCAAGUAUUUUAAUUCCCCUAAUGAGAGGAGCUAGACAUACCAACUGCUGACGCACCAACGGUAAAAAAAAAAUGUUACAUUAAAAUUCAUUUAAUUUGAAAAGUCAGUUUUAAAAGCACUCGUCAGCUCAAGUGUAUAAAAUAUUGCGUGACAAAAUAAGUAUUUAUCUAGUAUUAGUCGUUUAUUAAGAAUAACAUGAAUGCACCAUUGUCUAGUAUAUAUUUAUAAAUAUAUAUAUAUAUAUAUUUUUUUUUUAAUUAACUAAUUUUUUUUCUACCAAAGUUAUACAAGCAUUUACAAAAAAAAACAAUUUUCAAUAAUCAUUGAUAUGUAUGUAUAUUUCUUUCAAUAAGAAAAUUUUCCUUUUUUUUUUUUGUAGAAUUUUUUUUUUAAAUUAUUUACUGGUGCAUUCAUUUUGACACAUUCCAGUGUGGUUUAAUCGUAUUUCUUUUUAAAGAUUUUUAUAAGACAACAAAAAAAAAAGUAUUUCAAACUUUUCCGAAGACUGUAAUAAUAAUAAUAAUAAUAAUAAUUACUUGUGUGCCUUUCGUUUAAAAACUUGUAAGUAAUUUUAAUCUUGUUAUUUAUUUUUUAUAACCGAAAGAGAAAGUCACGAAAGUUGUUAAAACAAAUAAAUAAGAAUGAGGCCUCGAAAGAAGAUUUCUGUUACCAAACAAACAUUAAUUGUUUAAAUUAUUAUAUCAAGUUAUAAUGACAAAUAACUUUAAUGAUAAAUAAUUAUUAUUCGCCAUUGAAACUUCGACAGUCAAUUUUGUUUUUUUAAUAACAAAACUUUGGGAAAGUUUGAAACUUAAAAAUGUUUAUAUUAGAUAUAUUUUAUACUGUAUAUCGAGAUAAAAAAAAAAAAAUUACAUUCAUUCCUAUGUGCCUUGAAAGUUAUGAAAGACAUGAAAAAAAGGACCGAAUUUAUAUUAUGUAAAUAUAGAAAUUUUACAUUUAGUAAAUGA